AUGGGUUUUUAUGAAGGAGCCUCUGUUCAUCCAAAAAACCCAGAUAAAAACCCACCAAUCCUCACUUGUUCAUUGUCUCCUUCGUCUCAAGAUCUCGACGGAGACAACAACAGUGAGAAAGGAAUCAAAACCCGUUUGAAAAAAAUGAUUUUUGAUUUGGGUUUCGCUUGUUUUCUUCCUCCUCCUCCUCCAGCUAGAUCAAGCUCAAUCAGUAACAAUGGCGGAGGAGGAGAGAACAACAAGGCUUGGCUUUUAGCGGAAACAGCUCCGGAAAACAUGAACCCUGAUCCUCACUCUGUCCAUUCUUCGUUUAGAUUCAGUCUCUGUUCACAGAUUGAGCUUGAGAAGAUGAAAGGUGAAGAACCGUCCUUGUCUGCUUCUUCGUCUUGUCGGAAUCUAUCGGUUUCUGGUGGCUCUGCGACGGUUUUGAUGGUGAAUCUGGAGAAUGGAGUUAAGGAGACUGACGAUUUGAGGUGGACCAGAGCUCGAUCUCUCGAGAAGAGUAUUUCUCCGGUCGCUAAUACUUUGGUUCGCUUCAGUUACGGCCAAAUCGUCGCCGCCACUCGUGAUUUCUCCAAAGGGAGAGUGUUGGGAAGAGGAGCAUGUAGCUAUGUGUUCAGGGGCAAAAUCGGAAUUUGGCGAAAUGCUUUGGCAAUCAAAAGACUUGAUAAAGAAGACAAAGAAUCUCCAAAAUCUUUUUGCAGAGAGUUGAUGAUCGCAAGCUCCCUUCAUAGCUCCAACAUUGUGCCUCUUCUUGGGUUUUGUAUCGAUCCCGAAGAAGGUCUAUUCUUGGUUUACAAGUAUGUCUCUGGUGGUAGCCUCGAACACUAUCUACACGAUAAGAAGAAGAAGAAAGGCGUGAAGGCCGCCUUUGGUUUGCCUUGGUCAGCAAGAUACAAGGUCGCAUUAGGCAUUGCUGAUGCCAUUGCCUAUUUGCAUAACGGAACAGAACAAUGUGUUGUCCAUAGAGAUAUCAAACCUUCCAACAUUCUCCUUUCCUCAAAGAAAAUACCAAAGUUGUGUGAUUUUGGGUUAGCUACUUGGACCGCUGCACCGUCUGUUCCUUUUCUAUGCAAGACCGUGAAAGGCACAUUUGGUUAUCUAGCUCCUGAGUAUUUCCAACAUGGUAAGAUAUCUGACAAGACCGAUGUUUACGCCUUUGGGGUUGUGUUGCUUGAGCUAAUAACUGGCCGGAAACCAAUCGAACCAAGAAGAUCGUCCGGUGAAGAAAAUUUGGUCGUUUGGGCGAAACCGCUGUUGGAUAGAGGGAUUGAAGCUGUAGAGGAGCUGCUCGAUCCGAGGCUAAGAUGUACAAGAAAAAACUCGGGUCAGAUGGAGCGGAUGAUCCGUGCUGCAGCGGCAUGUGUGAUCAAUGAGGAGUCUCGGAGACCGAAUAUGGAAGAGAUUGUCUCAAUCUUGAAAGGCGAAGAAGGAUUAGAGCCAAGAUCAUACUCAAGCAGGAAAAAUACAAAUGUUUCGGGUAUGAUUGACUCUUAUACACAAUUGCAACGGACCAAAUCCGAGAUGAAAUGUCAUCUUGAUCUUGCGAUGCUCGGAGUAGCCGAGUUUGAAGAAGAUGAUCAUUCGUACGGACGGUGA